ACAAGCGAUGGAGGCACAACUUGUAGAACUAUUGAAGCUCACCCGAGUCUUUUCGAUGUGGCCUCACAAAAUUAUCACGACCUCAACAACCGUGAAAAUAGUUGGAUCUACAUUGCUGCUCAAUCACAGCUGCCUGAUCAAUGUUUUUCAUUAGCAGUUUAGCAAAGUUGAUGGUGGUGUGCGUGUCUGUGUGAGUGAAAGACAGAGACGGAGAGCGAGCGACAGAUUUUCUGUUAUAACCUUCAUGUUAUGGACGCACAGUGUGAGUACUCGGGUCGCAUCAGAGCAUCGGGCGGGGAGACCCUGCAUCGUGACCUACGAACUUCUGACCCCUGCGAGUCAGGGGCGGAUUAGAGAAAUUUUGUUAGGGUGGCAUGAGGGUGGCAAAGAAGUCAAACGGGGUGAAAAAUCAAAGCCUUUUUUUGCCCCCCAAACACAUAUGCAGGAUGUUACAUGUGGUUAAAAUGAUUCAAAUGCAUUCUGACGAGGACAGCUGAGUGAUGUUGUUGGUGAGCUUGGAUUAAAUCAUCUCUAAACAAAGAACUUGUCCUCGUGGUGACUGACUUGGGGAGUGGAGGUCAGCGAGCCCAUUGUCUCUGCUGGUCCGACUCCAACUACAAAGCCGGCCCGCUCGCCCCCUCCUGAGUCUGAGAGGAGAUCCAGAGAGAAAGAAGUGAAAGCAGGCUGAAACCUCAGCACAUGGAUGAUAUCAGCCAAAAACAUCCAGCGCCAGCAAGUAAAGAUGAGCCAGCAGCGAUCCCUGUGGAAAAGACUUUUCCCGCUAUGAAGCAGCGCAGAAGAUGCAAGAGCGCCAACAGUGAGGACAGAAGCUUGAGCUGUGAUCGGUGUGGAAAGACCUUUACUCAGAUUGGUAACUUAAAAUCACAUCAGCUGAUCCACACCGGUGUGAAACUAUUUAGCUGUGAUCAGUGUGGAAAGACCUUUACUCAGAUUGGUAACUUAAAAUCACAUCAGCUGAUCCAUAACGGUGUGAAACAAUUCAGCUGUGGUCAGUGUGGAAAGAACUUUACUCAGAGAUGCAGCUUAAAAAUACAUCAGCUGAUCCACACCGGUGUGAAACCAUUCAGCUGUGAUCAGUGUGGAAAGUCUUUUACUCAGAUUGGUAGCUUGAAAACACAUCAGCUGAUCCACAGCGGUGUGAAACAAUUCAGCUGUGAUCAGUGUGGAAAGUCUUUUACUCUGAGUAGCAACUUAAAAACACAUCAGCUGAUCCAUACAGGUGUGAAACCAUUCAGCUGUGAUCAGUGUGGAAAGAACUUUACUCAGAGACACAGCUUAAAAAUACAUCAGCUGAUCCACACCGGUGUGAAACCAUUCAGCUGUGAUCAGUGUGGAAAGUCUUUUACUCGGAGAUGCAUGUUAAAACAACAUCAGGUCGUCCACACUGAAUUUAAAGCUUUCAACUGUGAUCAGUGUGGAAAGUCUUUUACUCAGAAAGGUCACUUAAAGAGACAUUAUAUGAUCCAUGUUGGAGGUAAAUCAUUUGUCUGUGAUCAGUGUGGAAAGUCUUUUCAGGAUAGAGAUCACUUAGAGAAACAUCAGGGCGUCCACAGUGAAGUUAAACCUUUCAGCUGUGAUCAGUGUGGAAAGUCUUUUACUCACAAGUACAACUUAAAAACACAUCAGCUCAUCCACAGUGGAGAGAAACCAUUCAGCUGUGGUCAGUGUGGAAAGGCUUUUCGUAAUAAGAGCAACUUAAAAAUACAUCAGCGCAUCCACAGUGGAGACAAACCUUUCAGCUGUGAGCAGUGUGGAAAGGCUUUUCCUUACGGUAAUUACUUAAAAAGACAUCAGCUCAUCCACAGUGGAGAGAAACCUUUCAGCUGUGAGCAGUGUGGAAAAUCUUUUACUCAGAUGACUAUCUUGAAGUCACAUCAGCUCAUCCACUCUGGAGUUAAAUCAUUUGUAUGUGGUGACUGUGGAAAGGCUUUUUUUGAGAUUGAUAGGUUAAAAUCACAUCAGCUCAUCCACUCUGGUACUAAACAAUUUGUAUGUGGUCAGUGUGGAAAGGCUUUUACUCAGAUGAAACUCUUAAAAAUACAUCAGCGCACCCACUCUGGAGUUAAAUCAUUUGUAUGUAGUCAGUGUGGAAAGUCUUUUCGUAAUAAGAGCAGCGUAAAAAGACAUCAGCUCAUCCACAGUGGAGAGAAACCUUUCAGCUGUGAGCAGUGUGGAAAAUCUUUUACUCGUUUGACUAUCUUAAAAUCACAUCAGCUCAUCCACUCUGGAGUUAAAUCAUUUGUAUGUGGUCAAUGUGGAAAGGCUUUUACUCAGAUGACUAGCUUAAAAUCACAUCAGCGCAUACAUUCUGGAGUUAAAUCAUUUGUAUGUGGUCAGUGUGGAAAGGCUUUCUUCUUUAACAAAGAUCUAUUGAGGCAUCAAAAAACCCACAAAGUGUCCUCCUGUGAGAAAAGGGGCAGACCAAUGGGACAGUACCCUGACAGGGUUCAUGUGAACACAGUGGGAGAAACAGGGGAUCUGAACAAAAGUUCUUCUGGAUGCUGCGUCAAACUUAAAAAGCUUGAGAUCAGGCUUCACAGAAUUCAGCUUUAAUUUCCUGAGAAAGUCAGAGCUUCACUAUGUCUUUGUAGAUCUAGUGAAAACAUGAAAGGGUGCAAAAAGAGGCACUGUGGUACUGCAUGAUGAAGUCAGAAGUGACAGAGAAGUAUGUGAGUGUGGUUCAGGACGUGUGUGUGGUAGCAGUGACUACCACACAUACUUGGGUUGAAGGUGGGGGGAGGAUUACAUCAAUUCUGAGCCCCUUCUUUCUUUUUCAAAGCGAGGGCAAUGCUCAGGAAAGGAUGAUGACAAUAGAGCUGCAAGACAGGAUGGAAAGAAAAAGAGUUUAAGAGAAGAUCAUGAAUGUUGUGAAGCGAUUGAGCCGCGAUCACAAAAUCUUAGCUUAUGGAGUUAGUUAUCCCAAUACAAGUUUAGCAAGUUAAACUUCACUGUCUGUGUCCACAAACAGCAUACAGAGCAAACAUUACUCCAUCAUCUGAUCACAAGAAAAGCAAAAUGUCAGAACAGUUCACCUUCUGGGUCAAACUGUCCGACCUGUUACUGUUUAUUUGGUUGUUCAUCGUGAGGUAAUUAUCAGUGUCAGUGCUGUGCCACUUCUGUUGAAACUCACAUGAAAUGUGUUUUAAAUGGGCUCUAUUGUCUUACAAUACUGUGUGAGUCUGUUUUGCUCAACAAAGACACAACCCCUCCUGCAAUGUUUAAUGUUACAGUAAAAAAAGGUAAAUUCAUAAAUUUGUGUCAUUUUUAAACAGGCAGUAUUUAGAAAAUUAAAUAUAUUCUUACCCAUGUGUAAAGUUUUCAGUGGUCUUUGUUUUAUUACAGGAUGUGAGUGUGUUUUGCUUAAUGAAGAGACAAACCUUAAUUUUUUCUACAUUGCAGUAAAAAUACUUUUAUUUUAAGUCAUAAGUUUCAGUCAUUUUCAUCCAGGUAGUAUGUUAAAGAUUAACUGAAUCCUAUGAAAAAUAAAAUGU